AUGUGCGAGAAGACGUUCAAGCACUAUGUGAGCUUGAGGAGGCAUUUUUUGAGUCACGAAGAGGAGAAGCCUAAAUGUGAAAUUUGCGGGAAAAUCUACAGCGACAGGAGCAACUAUAAAAAACACCUUACUAUCCAUACUGGUGAAAAGCCUUACUCUUGCGAACAUUGCGAGAAGACAUUCAGGUCAAGGAAAUACUUGCUUCAGCAUUUGACCACACAUUCUGACGCGAAGCCCUAUGCCUGCGAGAUUUGCAACAAGACAUUUGGGCAAAAACGGCUACUGAAGGCUCACCAGUUGAGGCAUGCUGGAGAAAAGCCUUACUCUUGCGAACAUUGCGAGAAGAUCCUCAGGUCAAAGAAAUACUUGCUUCAGCAUAUGACCACACAUUCUGACCUGAAGCCCUAUGCCUGCGAGAUUUGCAACAAGACAUUUGGGCAAAAACGGGGACUGAAGGCUCACCAGUUGAGGCAUGCUGGAGAAAAGCCUUACUCUUGCGAACAUUGCGAGAAGACCCUCAAGUCAAAGAAAUACUUGCUUCAGCAUCUGGCCACACAUUCUGACGCGAAGCCCUAUGCCUGCGAGAUUUGCAACAAGACAUUUGGGCAAAAACGGGGACUGAAGGCUCACCAGUUGAGGCACCAGUUGAGGCAUGCUGUAGAAAAGCCUUACUCUUGCGAACAUUGCGAGAAGACUCUCAAGUCAAAGAAAUACUUGCUUCAGCAUCUGGCCACACAUUCUGACGCGAAGCCCUAUGCCUGCGAGAUUUGCAACAAGACAUUUGGGCAAAAACGGGGACUGAAGGCUCACCAGUUGAGGCAUGCAGGAGAAAAGCCUUACUCUUGCGAACAUUGCGAGAAGACCUUCAAGUCAAAGAAAUACUUGCUUCAGCAUCUGGCCAUACAUUCUGACGCGAAACCCUAUGCCUGCGAGAUUUGCAACAAAACAUUUGGGCAAAAACGGGGACUGAAGGCUCACCAGUUGAGACAUGCUGGAGAAAAGCCUUACUCUUAA